CUGCCAGGAGCGCGUUUGGGGGGGUGGGGGUGUCACCGCUUUCCCCCCUCGGAGCCUCUCACAGCGUGACCCGGGAAGCCGUUCGCCGCGCAGGGGAGCGGCCCAAAACAUGAGUACUGAAGCAGAACAACAGCUUCUCCACGAUGCUAGAAAUGGAAAUGCUGAAGAAGUUAAACAGCUGUUGGAUACCAUGGACAAAGGAGAAAUAAGCUUUGAUAUCAACUGUAAAGGCAGAAGUAAGUCUAAUAUGGGCUGGACACCUCUUCACCUUGCUUGCUACUUUGGACAUGCCAUUGUGGUAGAGGAUUUGCUCAAGGCUGGUGCAGAUGUGAACGUGCUGAAUGACAUGGGGGACACUCCACUCCAUCGUGCAGCUUUCACAGGGCGUAAGGAGGUGGUGAUGUUACUCUUGCAGCAUAAUGCUGAUACUUCUAUUGUUAAUGGGAGUGGAGAGACUGCAAAAGAAGUUACUCAUGAUAAAGACAUAAGGAAUAUGUUGGAAGCAGUGGAAAGGACACAGGAAAGAAAACUGGAAGAACAACUCUUGGGAGCAGCAAGAGAAGGGGAGACGGGGAAACUGACUGCUUUGUUGAACAAGCCCAAACCACCUGAUAUCAACUGUACCGAUCAGAUGGGGAACACACCAUUGCAUUGUGCAGCUUACCGUGCUCAUAAGCACUGUGCAUUGAAACUUCUAAAAAAUGGAGCAGAUCCUAAAAUAAGAAACAAAAAUGAUCAGACACCCUUUGAUCUAGCCCAAGGUACAGAAAUGAAACUGAUACUGGGAGGUAAAACUGGAAAGGUUAUCAACAAACCCCUGAGACGAUAUGAAGGUCUCCUCUGGAAGAGCUCACGAUUUUUUGGUUGGAAACUCUACUGGAUAGUUCUAGAACAUGGAGUCCUUUCCUGGUAUCGGAGACAAGCUGAUGCAGUGAAUAAUGAUCAUCGUCAGGGAUGCAAGCAUCUAACACAAGCUGUCUGCACGGUAAAAUCUACAGACAGUUGCUUCUUUUCUGUCAGAUGCUUUGAUGAUACCAUUCAUCGUUUCAAGAUCCCUAAAAACAGUCUUCCUUCUCAAACUAGAGAGAGUUGGCUGGAAGCAAUAGAAGACCACUCUGCAUAUAGCACUCAUUACUGCACACAGGAACAGUUGAGUAGUGAUGAUGAGGAAGAUGAUACAGUAUCUGUUACAGAUCUACAAGAUGCUCUGAAAAAAGCACAAACCUGCCAACAAAGGCUCAGUAAAGAGAUUUCAGACUUUCUUGCAAUGGUUAAAUCUUUGGAUGCUACAAAAGGGAUAUCGUCUCCCCUCCUGCAAAAAGUUGAUGUGGUCUCUGAAGUAUCCCAGGAAACAUGUGAGGCUCUGGCUGACUGCCUCAACUUAUUCACAAAGCAAGAAGGGGUGAGGAAUUUGAAACUGGAGCAUGAGCAGGAGAAAAACAAGAUCUUGUCAGAAGCAUUAGAGACACUAGCUACUGAACACCAUGAACUAGAGCAGUCUCUGGUUAAGGGAUCUCCACCUCUCAGCAUCAUCAGUGAAGAGCAGUUCUAUGAUGCUGUUUCAGAUUCAGAAUCUGAAAAAUCAUUAAGUGGGUUUGAAACAACAGCGGCCUACUCAUUAGAGGACAGCAUGGAUUCAAAAGAUAUGAUAACUCCAAGCAUGUCUGAAGAAAAGGUUUGUGGCAGUGGGGAGUCGCUGUCUAACGGGAUCAAAAAGCACAGAACAAGCUUGCCAUCUCCGAUGUUUUCCAGAAAUGACUUCAGUAUCUGGAGUAUCUUAAGAAAAUGCAUUGGAAUGGAGCUGUCGAAGAUCACCAUGCCGGUUAUCUUCAACGAGCCCCUGAGCUUCCUGCAGCGGCUGACAGAAUACAUGGAGCACACAUACCUCAUCCACAAAGCCAGCUCACUCUCCAGCACAACUGAGCGCAUGCAGUGCGUUGCUGCCUUUGCCGUGUCUGCCGUAGCCUCGCAGUGGGAGCGCACAGGGAAGCCCUUCAACCCCCUGCUUGGAGAGACAUAUGAAUUGAUCAGAGAUGACCUUGGAUUUAGACUUCUUUCAGAACAAGUUAGCCAUCAUCCACCAAUCAGUGCUUUCUAUGCUGAAGGUUUAAAUAAUGACUUUGUGUUUCACGGCUCAAUUUAUCCUAAACUCAAAUUCUGGGGCAAAAGUGUGGAAGCGGAACCAAAAGGCACAAUGACUUUGGAGCUUCUUGAACACAGCGAGGCCUACACGUGGACAAACCCUACGUGCUGUGUGCAUAACAUCAUCGUGGGCAAACUUUGGAUCGAGCAGUACGGAAAUGUGGAAAUAACUAACCAUAAAACUGGUGAGAAAUGUGUACUAAGCUUCAAGCCCUGUGGCCUCUUUGGGAAGGAGCUGCAUAAAGUUGAAGGCUACAUUCAGGACAAAAGCAAAAAGAAACUUUGUGCACUGUAUGGGAAGUGGACUGAGUGUUUGUACAGUGUUGACCCAGCUACGUUUGAAGCUUACAAAAAAAAUGACAAGAAAAAUACAGAAGAGAAGAAAAGCAGUAAACAGGUGGGCAAUCCUGAGGAACCAGAUGAGAUGCCAUUGCCAGAUUCUGAGAGCGUGUAUGUUAUUCCUGGGAGUGUUUUGCUAUGGAAGAUAACUCCAAGACCUCCAAAUUCAGCGCAGAUGUAUAAUUUUACUAGCUUUGCUAUGGCUUUGAACGAAUUGGACAAAGAAAUGGAGAGUGUCAUUCCCAAAACUGACUGCCGGCUCCGACCAGAUAUCAGAGCCAUGGAAAAUGGAGAAAUAGAUCUAGCUAGUGAAGAAAAGAAGAGGCUAGAAGAAAAACAAAGGACUGCCCGCAAGAAUCGCUCCAAGUCUGAGGAGGACUGGCAGACGAGUCACCCAUCAUCCCAGAGCCCCAGGUUUGGACACGUCUGCUUUUGUCUUUUUGCUCUGCGUGCUCACUUGAAGUGUUUGGGUUGGUUUGCCCCGAGACUGGUGGAAAAAUAACAUCUUUGUAGUGCUUCCAAGCCAAUGUGCUACGUGCUGGACAGCCUUGCACCUCCCUCUUCCUUUCCAGAGCUCAGAGUGGUCCUAGGUCUCGGCAGCUGUGUUCAAAGCAAGGGAUAGUUGUGCUGGGUUCUUCCAGGUGUAUGAAGUAGCACCUGAGGCUGGAAAUGGGGGAAUUCCCAGGGGGUGAUGCAGAGCAGUGGUUUUCAGAGGGUGUCAUUUGUGCAGAUGCCAUUCGUAAGGUUCCUCAGUUGCUGCUGUGCAAGCACUGUAGACCUGCUCAGCACUCACCUGGGGUACCCUCGAAGAACCCGGUGAUUUCCAGGAUGUUUCUGAAGCUUUGGCAGAAAAUUCCUAGUGUCUGAUCUCUGUGGUAGGAAUGCCAAGUGUAACUGCCUCCAAAGGGUAAAUGUCAAGCGUGUAGGGGAAGGGCUGUGCUUUUAGGGAGAAAAUGCCUACUAUGGAGGGAAACUCUCCUGUCUGUUCCCAGUAAGUCAACUGUAGGCCUUAAUCUGCAGUGUAAUCUAAACUGCUGUGAGCUACUGCAUUCUCCUCACCACAGAAAAGCAGGCUGCUUAGGAGGGAGCAGCUCUGCAAAGUAACCCUAUCCUCCCAAGUACCCAGGGAUUCUUUAAAAACUCGGUUUUGAAUCUGCUUUAGCAGUGGUAUUUGGAUGUGUCUGAAGCAGCAAUUCCUGGUGAACACUUCAUGUUUUAGACACUGACCAGCAGUCUUAGGUCUCGAGAAAAAAAGACUCAUUCAGUUCUGAAACACAGCAGUGGUCUGUUGCUUUGGGUGAAAACCAGUCCCUUCCUUCCCCAUCACUUACCCAGCUCAAACUCAGCUCUUCCCCCUACCUUUCCCCUUCCUGUGGAAGCAGGUGGUUGCUGGAGGAUGGGCACUUUGUCCUGGCCUACGCUGGUGUUAAAGCCACAUAGAAGUGAGGUAUCGGGUGCUAUAAUUCCCUAAUCUGAGAGCUGAGGUAACUGUGCUUACAGCCCUGCCUCUCAGCAAAGGCUUGGCUUUGUGCUCUGGGAAGGGCUGGUGCUACCUGUGAAGUAGGAGGUGACCUGGACACACCACACAGAAUAGUGACUGACACAGCCUCUAGGGAGGUGAUGCUGUGUGUGGUGAACCACGUGCGGGACCAGGGGUGAGGAACUUCUGUUGACUUACCCAGGACAGCAGGAGCCCCAUUGGUGCCUGCAGCUGUUGCUUUGCCACCGUGAAGACAGCACAAGGCAUUUCUUCCUGUACACAUAGAUCUUUGGAGCCAAGCAAGAUCUAUUUCUUAGCUGCCCAGCUUUGACACUGCAAUACUGUGGGCCUUUCUGCUUCUGCCUUUUAAAGAAAUGGAGUAAUAUUUGGUCCAAACGUACUUUAGUUUCUGUUCUGAACCCUUAUAGUACCCUCAAAGGGAAGAGCCAAGGUAAAAUGGGCUGCCUUGUGCAAGCAAGGCUUAUUUGAAGUGUUUGCUGCAGUGAGGCACAGAAAGAAAGAACUGGCUUUUGUGGCCAGUGAGGAGGUGAAAGGAAGCUGGUGGAGUACACGAACCACAGAAACAGCUUCUAGGCAGCUGACGUGCUGUAAACAUGGCUUGGCAAAAUACAGCAGGAAGUUCCAGUGCUGAGGUUUGGUACUGUGUUGUGUGUGCUGCUGAGGCAGCAGCUGCAGUGCCUCGGCCCAAACAGAAAGCAGUGUUCAGAGUCUGCCAGAAAUGGGCAUGGGCAAGGGGGGAAGGACAAAGUUCUGUGCCACGGUGACAUGAGAUGGGGUUGUACUCCUCACUGGAGAACACUUGCCAGUGAAAUGGCCUUGUAAGUAAGUGCACCUUCCUUUACAGCUCCAGAGCCCCUCUCUCCAAAGGUUAUAUAUGUGUGUCCCAGGAAUGGACAGUGACAUAUACAGUGACCCUGGGUUAGAUGGGAGGAAAGGAAAGGCGGAAGGAGCUCAAGUUCCAUGAUCCUAUCACCCACCACCUUAGUCAGAGCUUGCAAGCAACUCCCUGCAGCUCUCUGGACACUCAGAUCCAGUACCAACAGGGUCAUAAAAGCAGUGAGGAUGUUCCAGGCCAGGGCGUGUGGGUCACAGGGCACCUGUGCCAAGAGCAGCUGGCACGCUGGGUCCCAGCUCCAGGCACUGCAGAACAAGGCUUUACAAAACCAAAGGGAAACCUACAUCCAGGGGAAAGCGCGCUUUUCUGGUUUCAGGACUGCAGUGCUUGUGGUGUUUAUGUGUCUUGUAAAAACUGUUACUGCUUAUGCAUGUCAAAAUGAUUGUUCACAACUGCUUUGAGGUAAUACUGUACCUGUCCUUUGCUGGAUGAGUCUUGCUGGCUUUGAGUGGUUGGUCGUUUUCCUGGGAGACACUGAAGCGGCGUGACAAAGGGACAGCUCUGUCCUCUGAAGAUGACUUCAAAUUUACUUACAAAUUUAAAACCCAGAGGGCUGCUGCAGCCCCAGUCCCGAGGCUGAGCAGCCGCCUGCCACACGUGCCGCAAAGCAGUUCUGAACGUGUGCAGCAGCGUGUGUGAACAGCUGCCCUAACGUGCCGUCUCCUUCC